AUGACAACUCAAUGCGGAUCGGGAUACUCUCUUGCUGUCGAACACGUGGAGGGAAAUAUGAGGCACAAUAAUAAUGAAGGGACAACAGGCACAGAGUCGGUUCUGGCAGAGCUUGGGGCGGUUGAUUUGCUCCGGCAAGACAGCAGGCCCUCCUUCAUUGUUGAUAUGUCGAUAGAAAAAGAAGUUUGUGAACUUCCCGUAGUCUUCACGAACGAUGCUUUCAAGACUUACGCCAAAUUCAAAAGCAUUACUUCGUGGCUUUCAGGAAACUCAUACCAGGGCGGAAAUGCAUUUGUCAAAUGGAUACAUACUCGACCCAGCAAGGCAGUCAAUCAAUAUUGGUUCCGGCAUCAAAGAUGGUCCAAGGUUCUAUUAGGAGAUCGAUGGUGUGUGGUGUCCGGGCAUGAGAUGGCGUUUUCGAAAUCAGCACAGGAAGAUGCCGACGUCAAUCAUUGUAAGCACCUUCAAUCGAAACCUGCACCUAAUAGGUCUUCUUCGAUUGAAAAUCGGAGGCAGAACUUUAAAUUUCGUCACGAAGACCACUAUUCUAUCAUGAUGUCACCCGGCUCACACAACUCAGCUGCAGCUGCUCACGCAUUUUUUACGCCCUCUCUAUCCUUUGAGACGCCGUUCGCCAAGUUCUUUUGCAGCAAAGAUUGGUCUUCUACAGCCGUAGAGUCCAUCUCGGAACAGCUCUUAGAUAUGACGAGUCUAAUCUCCAACUUCAGCCAAUUGUCUCCUAUAGGCAUGUUUAUUAUCGAUGCAAAAGACGGAAGCUUAGUAUUCGCGAAUGAUGCCUGGACAAGAAUCACAGGCAGGACAAUAGAAGAAUGUUCAAAUCUUAGAUGGCUUGACUGUUUGAUUGAUGAGGAUAAAGAAUUUGUCGCGGACCAAUGGCAUACCCUUAUAAAAGAGAAAUGUCCUGUCCACUUUCAAGGAAGGUGCAAAACACUCUGGAGGCCUACAGUUCCAGAUCCUGCCCUAUUUGGAGAGGACGAAGUCUACUACAAGUGGGGCGAAUGUAGUGCUCUCCCACGACUUAAUAACGAGGGGGAGGUGGAGCAUGUUGUUGGAUGUCUUAGCGAUGUCACACACAUCAAAUGGGCCGCUCAAAUACAGGAAACAAGAAAAAACGAGGCAUCGAAGGAGAAAAAAGAACGAGAGGAAUUCAUGAACAUGACAAGUCAUGAGUUGAUGAACCCGCUAGCGGCCGUCGUCCAAGCAGCACACACCAUGAUCUCCAGUCUUGAUGAGAUCAAUGAAGCUCUCUCUCAUACUCAUGACAACGUCCUCCAUGAUGACAAUUCGAAGAGUUACGGGGAGAUUAAGACAAAGGUACGGCGCAAUAUUGAAAUCGCAAAAAUAAUCUUAGUUUGUGGAGAGCACCAGCAAAAAUUGAUGGAGGAUGCUCGUGCGAUGUCUAAACUGGAUAUCAAUCUGUUUUCAAUUUCACCCACUCGAACGGAGCCAAUCUGUGUUGUCGAUACAGCUAUGUCUAUGCUCUCUGGAGAAACAUCUAAAUUAGAUAUCAAUAUCCGGCUCGAGGUAGACCCCUCGAUAGAAGAUUUGAAUUCGCAAUGGCUUUGCUUCGAUCCUUCAAGAUUUCUACAACUACUCCUCAAUCUCCUAACAAAUGCCAACAAAUACGCAAUUUCAUCCGAAACCCGAAAUGUAGUGGUGCGUCUUGGAGCCACAAUUGGAUCCCCUUACCACAAAGAGAUCGGGCGAGAGAUACAGUACAUACCUCUUCGCACAGCACGAAAUGACCCGACUUUAAAAGACGCGUCGGGAAAAGGAGAGAUAGUGUACCUUCAUUGCUCAAUUACCGACACCGGCAAAGGACUAAGUGAAACGGAGAGGCAGACACUUUUCAAGAAAUUUUCUCAAACAUCUCUAAGCACGCAUACACAGUAUGGCGAUUCAAGCCUGGGAUUAUUCAUCUGUAGAGAGCUUGCGGAGUUACAAGGGGGUGCAAUUGGUAUUGGAUAUACGGAUUCUCAAGCAACGGGUAACACUUUUGCUUUUUAUAUCAAGACACGACGAUCCGAAUUUAUACCGCCGGGACUACCGCUGGACACAUCGGAGGAAUCGUCUCAGCUAGAUCGCCAAUCUUCUAUAGGCGACUUCGAUGUAGAAUCUGAUACUGAUGAUAUUUCGAUGUCUGAGCUGGACUUUUCAGAGUCCGAGAUGACCAAUUCCGAGAUUCUUAAGUGUCGGGACAAUGGACAUAUCCAUAGUGCUAGCUUUCCCUAG